CCGGGAAGUUGAGGACAGGAGACAGAAGGCUGCAGACCCAGAGGGAGGGAGGACAGGGAGUCGGAAGGAGGAGGACAGAGGAGGGCACACAGACGCAGAGCAAGGGCGGCAAGAAGGAGACCCUGGUGGGAGGAAGACACUCUGGAGAGAGAGGGGGCUGGGCAGAGAUGAAGUUCCAGGGGUCCCUGGCCUGCCUCCUGCUGGCCCUCUGCCUGGGCAGUGGGGAGGCUGGCCCCCUGCAGAGUGGAGGGGAAAGCACUGGGACAAAUAUUGGGGAGGCCCUUGGCCAAGGGACCAGAGGGGCAGUCGGCACUGGAGUCAGGCAGGUUCCGGGCCUUGGCACAGCAGAUGCUUUGGGCAACAGGGUCGGGGAAGCAGCCCAUGCUUUGGGAAACCCUGGGCAUGAGAUUGGCAGACAGGUGGAGGAUGUCAUUCAACACGGAGCAGAUGCUGUCCACGGCUCCUGGCAGGGGGCACCCGGUCACAACGGUGCUUGGGAAACUUCUGGAGGCCAUGGCACCUUUGGCUCUCAAGGUGGUCUUGGAGGCCAGGGCCAGGGCAAUCCUGGAGGUCUGGGGACUCCGUGGAGCCAGGGAUAUCCUGGAAACUCAGCAGGCAGCUUUGGAACCAACCCUCAGGGAGCCCCCUGGGGUCAAGGAGGCAAUGGAGGGCCACCAAACUUUGGGACCAACACUCAGGGAGCUGUGGCCCAGCCUGGCUAUGGUUCAGUGAGAAGCGGCAACCAGAAUGAAGGGUGCACUAACCCCCCACCAUCUGGCUCAGGCGGAGGCUCAAGCAACUCUGGGGGAGGCAGUGGCUCACAGUCGGGCAGCAGUGGCAGUGGCAGCAACAGUGACAACAACAGCGGCAGCAGCAGUGGCAACAGCGGUGGCAACGGUGGUGGCAGCAGUGGCAGCAGUGGCAACAGUGGCAGCAGCAACAGCAACAAUGGUGGCAGCAGCAACAACAAUGGUGGCAGUAGAGGUGACAGUGGCAGUAGAGGUGACAGCAGCAGUGAGUCCUCCUGGGGAUCCAGUACCGGCUCCUCCUCCGGCAACCACGGUGCGAGCGGCGGAGGAAACGGACGUAAACCCGGGUGUGAAAAUCCAGGGAAUGAAGCCCGCGGGACCGGGGGAUCUGGGAUUCAGGACUUCAGAGGAGAGGGAGUUUCCAGCAACACGAGGGAAGUAAGCAAAGAGGGCAGUCACCUCCUUGGAGGCUCUGGAGACAAUGAUCAGGGGCAAGGGUCCAGCUGGGGCAGCAGAGGAGGUGACGCUGUUGGUGGAGUCAAUACUGUGAACUCUGAGACAUCUCCUGGGAUGUUUAACUUUGACACUUUCUGGAAGAAUUUUAAAUCCAAGCUGGGUUUCAUUAACUGGGAUGCCAUAAGCAAGAACAAAGUCCCACCCCCCAGCACCCGAGCCCUCCUCUACUUCAGCCGACUCUGGGAGGAUUUCAAACACAAUACUCCUUUCCUCAACUGGAAAGCAAUUAUUGAGGGUGCGGACACGUCAUCACUGCAGAAACGUGCAGGCGGCGCCGAUCAGCCAGGUGCAGGCUGGUAGGAGGUGGCAGCUGUAACUUCCAAGAACUACAACUAUAACCAGCAUGCGUAUCCCACUGCCUAUGGUGGGCAGUACUCAGUCAAGACCCCUGCAAAGGGGGGAGUCUCGCCUUCUUCCUCGGCUUCCCGGGUGCAACCUGGCCUGCUACAGUGGGUGAAGUUUUGGUAGGCAAUUUCUUCCAACCACCACCGAGGCCCCGAAAAACACUGGUAGUCAGGGAGCUCCUCCUCUUGGCUCCCAGCCUGUACCAGCCCUGGCCCGGCUGCUGCACCUCUGUUUCCUAGGCUGGGGACCCAGCUUGUGUCUCCUUAUUUCCUCCCACUGCACUGUGGGGCCUCAGUGACCACCAGCCUCAUCGGAUACACCAGCAUCUUUCUCUACCUGCUCCCUUUUGUGACCUGAAGUCACUGUGACAGUUCUCCAGGAAGGAGGAGCUUCCUACUUUUGAGUCUCUCUGUGGAAAUAAAACAUGAGUCUUGUUUCCCUA